AUGUCCACGAGGGAGUUGGCAUGGCAAGCUUACAAGGACUACCCGAAUGCCGAAACCUGGACUGCAUACGUAACACAUUGUAACUUCUGUGUGAAACUGAUCUGCGAGGACAAUGUCACGCAUCACCAGGAGUUAAUGAAGCGAAUCUGCACAAACCUCAAAAUCCUGUACAACCACGUUAACGGCCUUCGAAAGGUAAAGGCUGGGAUUUCAGCACUAGUCACGGCUGAUGGAUGCACGCGAUCAGCAAUGGAAGCAGCCGAUCUCUUACGUCUUCAUUACUCCCAAACUUUCCAGCAAGUAACGUGCCCAAAUAUUCUCCUCGUUUCUAGUACUCCACCGUCGGGUUUAUACAACAUCACCUUCACUGCGGAAGCUGUGUUGAAGAAGCUGUUCUCCUUGCGUAUCCGCAAUCCUUCUGUAGUCGGCAACAUCCGACAAAAGGCACAGCAGGCGGUAGCUAGUGAUCUAGCAGAACUACUGGCUAUUUUCUAUCAGCGAUGUCUAGAAGAGAACCAUAUUCCACCAGUAUGGGAGCGAGGGAUUAUCACGCCUAUCGAUAAAGGAUGUAGCCGCACUGAACCUACUAACUACGGUCCAAUAAGUCUAAUUCAUGUGCUACCCAAACUUAUGGAAUCAAUCAUCCCAGAUGCGCUGAAGCAGUAUCUGGAAAACCACAAUUUAAUAGCCCCAAAGCAACAUGACUUUCGUCAAAAGCGUUCGUGUACUACUAAACUUUUAAUUGCACGUGAUGGCUGGACUGAAGCCAUUGAUGAUGGAGCAAUGGUCUAUGUCAUCUACCUGGACUUCACAAUGCACUUGAUA